AUUUUCAGCUUUGAUUACCAUCAUUAAGAUGGGUUCAAAAAAUGGUUCUGUUGAUGACAAUGUCGGCCUUGCGAAAUCGCUAACACUGUUCAAUGGUGUUUCCAUAAUCAUUGGAUGUAUCAUUGGGUCUGGGAUAUUUGUAUCACCGACAGGUGUACAAGAAAAGGCGGGAAGUGUCGGAUUAUCGCUGAUUGUUUGGGUUGCUUGCGGUCUGUUCGCCGCAAUUGGUGCAUACUGUUACGCCGAACUUGGCACUCUAAUUCACAAGUCAGGUGGAGAUUAUGCUUAUAUUAUGGAAUCGUUUGGUCCCUUCCUAGCUUUCAUUCGUCUUUGGGUUGAAGCUGUGGUGGUAAGACCUUGUACAUGCACAGUUGUAGCGUUGACUUUUGCGAUAUACAUGCUGCGACCAUUUUAUCCAAAUUGUGAACCGCCUGGUGAACUUCUGGCAUUGCUUGCAACAAUUUUACUUAUUAUUCUGACGGCAAUAAAUUGUAUAUCAAUACGAUUAGCAACUUUCGUUCAGGAUUUUUUCACUGUUGCAAAGUUGUUUGCACUGUGUUUGAUUAUUGGCACUGGUGCAGUACUAUUAAUAUCAGGAAAGCCACAGUACAGAGAAUCGUUUGAAAAUAUAUUUGAGAAUACGUCGCCUGAUAUUGGAACUACAUCGCUAGCAUUCUAUUCUGGUCUUUUCGCAUAUCAGGGAUGGAAUUAUCUGAAUUUCAUCGUUGAGGAAUUGCAGAAUCCGAAACGCAAUUUACCACUCUCAAUUGCCAUAUCAUGUACGGUGUGUACGGUGAUCUACACCUUAACAAAUGUUGCUUUAUAUACGGUGAUCACCCCGGAUGAAAUGCUGAGUAGUCCAGCAGUUGCUGUUGAAUUCGCUAGCAAAACGUUUGGACCAUUUGCCUUUGUAAUGCCUAUAUUUGUUGCAUGCUCAACAAUUGGUUCAGCAAAUGGAGUAAUUUUUACUUCAUCCAGGCUGUUCUACGUUGGAGCACGAGAAGGACAUAUGCCUUUGGUUUUAACAAUGAUCAAUAGAAAUACUCGUACACCAAUACCUGCAGUUAUUUUCACGGGAUUGCUUUCCAUAGCUUACCUUACUUUGUCGAACAAUAUCUUUUCGCUCAUCAAUUAUAUCCAAAUAGUGUACUGGUUGGCUAUUGCCUGCGUAAUUGCAGCGCUGUUUUGGUUACGGAAAAAAAUGCCAGAUGCUGAAAGGCCUAUCAAGGUCAACCUUGCCUUUCCUAUAAUUUUUUUCCUUGGGUGUGUUGCUUUAGUGGUCGUUCCUAUUGUUGGCUCACCAAAGGAUACAGCAGUUGGCAUCGGAAUAAUGCUUACUGCAGUUCCUGUUUAUGUUAUAUUUGUGGCAUGGAAAAGUAAGCCGAAAUUCAUUGGGACAGCUUCAGAAAUAAUGACCAAAUUCAUCCAAAAGUUGUUUAUUGUCGUGGACGAUACGAAGGAAACAUGAAAGAGAUUCGCUAAGCUCGUGUCUCCUCGAUUGUUUGAUUACAGUGUGUAUUGUCAUAAUUCUUUGUUAUUUCACAUUUCUUUUGUUCCGCUUCUUCUUUGUCAUUUUUUCUUUAAUAUUUGUCAUUACUGAGGACCUUGCAUAUCGUAAGUAAUAUAUAAGCUUUUUGCAACUCUUCCGAUGGGACAUAUCACUAAACAUUUGCGUUAUUAACUUGUUCUAACGUUUUAACUUAUACUAAUUUAUUCUUUUAACUAAGACAAUCACUACUUUGUAUUCUGUAUAAUUACUAUACUUCCUUCAGCA